UAUGAGGGGUUACCUGAAAACAACGGGGUGGGUAUUUAAACUCCAGGCCGAAACCACUACAGUAGGAACACAUAGGGAUUGCGAUUUAUGUUUACAGAAUGGAGGAGUUGAGGAGCAUCACGCCCUGAUCGAAUGGAGCAAAUCAGAGCCAUGCUUUGUGCUGAGUGACCUGAACUCUGCCCAUGGUACAUAUGUCAAUGACUGUCGUAUCCACAAUGCAGCCGUGCGUCUAACCCCAGGCGAUGAACUGCAUUUUGGCUAUGGAGGCUCCACCUACCAGCUAGCUGUGGAAAGCCCAUCUAUGCUCCCCUGCCCUCCCAAGAGCAUCUGGACAGCCAGUCAGAACUCCCUGCAGCUGAUAGAAGAGCCCCCCCUUGCCCAGUCUCCCUCCUCCCCCACCUCCCAGCUCCCUCUCCUACCUGGCAAUACUUCUGCCCCUGUUGCGUGGGUAUGGGGGCAAUCAUCUGUCACCCCUCAUCCCCCUAGCCGGGCUCGACCAGCCAGUGCUGGGACCAAACGGACUGGGCAGAGCAUCCCCUCCGAACAACAAGGGACAUCCUCACGAAGACCAGGAAGUUGGACUGGACACACAGGAAGCGGGCCCCCUCAGAGAACCGGAGCAAUAGCAUCUGAAAGUUCUCAGACCAUGCAGCACCUCUUACAGGAGAAGGAGGAGAGGCUGCUGCGGAUAGGAGACGAGAUCAGCAGGCUUGCUGUGUUUGAGAGUGAGUCCCAGAGGAAGGACAGGGUGAUUGCAGGGCUGAGGGAUGAGGUGUCAGCUCUGAGACACCAGCUGACCCAGAGCCAGCAGACCGACCAGGAGAUCAAACACAGGCUGCUCAGUCUGGAGAGGGACAUCAAUGACAAGAGGGAGCAGAUCCAAAGGAUGAAGGAGCAGAUGGUAGAGCUGCAGAGGGGCUCCAGUGAGGUGUUUAGGCAUUCCGUCACCGAGCGAGACCUAAAGAUUUCCAACCUAAGAGGUCAGAUGGAGAGACUGAAGAAGGAAUGCAGCACUGCCUCAGGUCUGGUAAGAAGCUUACAGAGAGACCUGAGUUCGAGGGAGAAGCAGGCUCUGAAACUGGCAUCUGAGGUGGACAGACUCCGGCAGGACAUCCGACACAAGGACAUCCAACUGGGGGCUGCUGCCACCAAGUUCUCCAAAGUGAGCAAGAAGCACCAGGAGGAGUUACUCAACCAUGAAAAUGAGUUGAUGACACUGAAGAAGAGCGUUGAGAGGCUGGAGGUUGCUUUGAGGGAUAAGCAGAGGCUCCUGGAGCUCCAAACAACAGAGAGGGACUUGCUAAAAAACAGACUGGAAAAGAAAAUUGGGGAGCAAGCUUCUAUGUUCGCGGAGUCUGAGGCAGAGAGGCACACACAACAAAAGAAGAGCAAAGCUGAGCUGGAUCUGGUGCAGGCACAGAUUGAGCACCUUCGUGACCAGCUGCUGAUGAUGUUACCCACUGAACCCUCUGACUCCACUUCCCAUGAUGCCUUGUCAGACCAGCAGGUAUUAGAGCAGGUGGCAGAGCUGCUAGGAGAGCGAGAGAGCCUGAUGAGUAAAUUAGAGGAGCUGGAAGGACAACUGAAGGAGCUCAUGACUGAACAGGAGGGGGCAGCAGAGGACACAGAGAGACUGAAGAGUAGGCUGGAGACCUGUCAGAGUCAAUUACAGGAGGCAUGCUCGGCAAAUGCACUGGAAAAGGCCAUGACCUCACUACAGGAGGAGAGUGUGUCUCCAGCUCUGGCCUGGGUCAAGGCUUCAGUCCUCUCCAUAAUGGCUACCCAGCUCCCACUGCUUCAGAGUGCCACCCAGGCACUACUGGAAGCUGGGAUAGAUGCUUCACAUCUCACUGAAGGAGUCCUGAGUGGCAUCAGAACCCUGGUCAAUGAGCAUCAGGGUUACACAGUGGAGCUUCAGCGUUUGAAGAUAGACCUGGAGGAGCUCCAGGUGAGAGAAGCAAAGUCCAGAGAGCUGCAGGAGCUUCUGAGCAUUACCAGAGAGGAGCUGGUGCAGCAGAGACAGCAGAUGGCUGUGGCACAGCAUGAAGAAGAGGCCAGGAAGAAGGAGUUGGAGGAGCUAAAGGAGGAGUUGGAGGCACUCAGACAAGCCCAGACUAAACUGCAGCAGGAGGCACAGACCCAGGAGGCCGAGUGGUGCACCAGGCUGGAGGAGGCAGGCAGGAGGGAGGAGGAGUGGCAGGAUAAGGUGAAGGAGGUCUUGGAGGAGGAGAAGGAGCGCUACAGGGUCUGGGAGGCCGAGUACAGGGAGCAGGUGCGGCAGCACGCACACACCAUCGUGGCCCUGGAGCAGCGCUGUGUCCAGAGCAGACAGAGAGCCCAGGAGCUGGAGGAGGAGAGGGAAGCGCUGAUUGGACAGCUGAGAGCGUUGGAGGGGAAUCUGGAGAGUAGUAGGCCUGUGAUGAGUACCAGUCCCCUGGAGACACAGACUAAACAGGCCUCAGAGGUAGCAGCCCUGGAGGGUAAUAUCACUUCACUCAGGGCAGACUUGGCCCAGUCUCAGCUGGAAACAUGUAGCCAGGGUGACCUCAUCGUGGCUUUGAGUCGUGACCUGGCUGCAGCCAAUGCCAGGAUAACAGACAUGACAGGGGAGCUCAGUGAGCAGCAGAAACUACAGUUGGAGCAGCUUAAGGCUCUGGUCGUCGAUCAGAGGGUCCAACUGAGCACUCUCACUCAGAAGCUAAUGCUGAUGUCACAACUCGUGGAGCAGAAAGGGGAGGAGCUUGAGAAAGUGAGGGAUGAAUUGAGGAUUUGUCAGGUGGACCUGGAGAAGAGUCUCAGGGCAGAGAGAGAGAUGAAGGAACAGAUAACAAACCCUGAGCAGACCCAGCCUGUCCACUACUCUGUUGUCUCCUGCAUACCACCACACACAAAGGAAAUGGCCACUGUCACUGCUCCUGGGGAGUAUGCCAAGCAGGGGUCAAAGUCCAGAGGUUAUCGACACAAGGAGGUGAUUCAGCAUCAGAGGGAGGCUCUGUCAGAGAUGAGGGCCAGGAUCGGAGCCUUGGAGCAAACAUGGCCCCUGAAGCGCUUCACCCAGCAGGGGGCACCUAAGAAACAAGCAGGGAGUGAGACGAGCAAACUCAGCACACCGAGGUCUGCAGUGAGUGCCUGGCCACUCCAUGGAGCAUUGGGGGAGGAGACCCUGGAGCGCAUAGCCAGACUGGACCUAUCAGACGCCCUGGACCUCAGCGAGAGGACAUACCUGGAUCUGGCACGGGCGCUGUGCGAGGCUCUGGAGUUGAGCGAGGGCCAGCUGCAGGGUUGUGUGUCCCUGCAGCACCUGCCCCAGGAGGAGAGGGCCAGUCUGGCUUCUUUGCGUCACGCAGACCUGGAGCUGCUCCGGAGCUGCAUGGCCCUACAGCACAGCCAGGCCCAGCGGAGUGAAACCCUACUGCAGCAGCAGCAUAGAGAAAUGACUACUCUUAGGGAGAGCCAGGCGGCGGGCCAGCAACUCCAGUCCAGGCUGGAUAUGCUGAGGUCCGAGCUGGAGACGGAGAGCCAAGAGAGCUCCCUGCUCCGCGAGGCCUUGCGCCACACCCAGAGUCGUCUGGAACAUGAGAUAGACCUAAACACCAGGGCCGUAAAGAGCCGUAAGGCAGUGAGUGUGGAGAAAGUCCAGAGGAGGAGUGGGAAGACAGCCUCUCACAGCUGUGUCCGUACUGAGGCCGGCGACAAGGCGACAGCGAAGACAUCCAGCCUGCUGGAGAGGCUGAAGAAGAGGGAGUACGAGGUGGAGACCCUGAAGAGGCAGCUGGGGAAGAAGGAGUUUGGCAAGAUGGCCUCCAAGCUGGAGCUGGCCAUUGUACAGCAGCAGCCUCAACAGGCCCCACCACUGACAGAGACCUCCUAAUGUACUGUAAUCCUACCCUACACUGGAGUGACUGGACACCAGGGGCAAGGAGAUCGGCUCAAGGGUCCUUUUGACUUGAACAGCGGAGGACACUCAUUACUAUGAGACUAGUGAACACUGCUAGUGUGCGUCACACCAUAGAAUUAGAAAUAUAGCACAGCAGGUCUACUAGAACUCACCGUCCCAUUCAAGUCAGCGUUAGUCUAUUUCAUUGCUUCAUGUGUACUGUACCGCUGCUUCUGGCCAUGAGGAAGUUUCUGCUGGUGGCUGUAUACUCCCACACAUCAGAGCCAUUUGUUCUAUAUACUGUAUAGCUUUGCACCACAUCGUAAUGAGUGAAUGCCCCUAUAGAGAUGAUGGAAUAGUCAAUGCAUGAGCAUGUGGGUGCUAAUGAUGUGUGUUUCAAAGGCAGCUUUUCUCAGCUUCCCUCUGAGCUUUGAAUGUAAAAAGUCUGUCGGGCUAUCUGCCACAGCUAUAUUAUUUUAGCCGGAACACUUCACCGUUCUUGUUCAUUCAUUCACCACGGAAAAUGAGGCCUUUAUGCACGACAAUACAAAUGCGUUCUUCUGCAGACAUUUCUGCCGAUACAGUAUAAUAUUUUGGUUGACACGUCAUUGCGAUAUCUCAGCAAUAAAAAAAGAAUGGCCAAGG